GACAAGGUUCUUCACUAUGAGGACAAGGUUCUUCACUCUGAAGACAAGGUUCUUAGCACUGAGGACAAGGUUAUUCACUCUGAGGACAAGGUUCUUCACUCCGAGGACAAGUUUCUUCGGUCUGAGGACAAGGAUCCUCACACUGAGGACAAGGUUCUUCAAUCUGAGGACAAGGUUCCUCACACUGUGGACAAGGUUCCUCACUUUUAGGACAAGGUUCUUCACGCUGAGGACGAGGUUUUUCACCCUGAGGACAAGCUUCUUAACACUGAGGACAAGGUUAUUCACUCUGAGAACAAGGUUCUUCACUCCGAGGACAAGGUUCAUCACUCCGAGGACAAGGUUCCUCACACUGAGGACAAGGUUUUUCAAUCUGAGGAGAAGGUACCUCACACUGUGGACAAGGUUUUCACUUUGAGGACAAGGUUAUUUAAACUCUGAGGACAAGGUCCUUCACUCUGAGGACAAGGUCCUUCACUCUGAGGACAAGGUUCUUCAACCUGAGGACAAGGUUCUUCACGCUGAGGACAAGGUUUUUCAAUCUGAGGAGAAGGUUCCUCACACUGUGAACAAGGUUCCUCACUUCGAGAACAAGGUUCUUCACUCUGAGGACCAGGUUCUUCACUCUGAGGACAAGCUUCUUCACUCUGAUGACAAGGUUCUUCAAUCUGAGGACAAGGUUACUGACACUGUGGACAAGGUUCCUCACUUUGAGGUCAAGGUUCUUCACUCUGAGUACAAGGUUCUUCACUCUGAGGACAAGGUUCUUCACCCUGCGGACAAGGUUCCUCACUCUGAGGACAAGAUUCUUCACUAUGAGGACAAGGUUCUUCUCUCUGUGGACAAGGUUCUUCAGCCUGAGGACAAGGUUUUCACCCUGAGGACAAUGUUCCUCACACUGAGGACAAGGUUCUUCACUCUGAAGACAAGGUUCUUCACUAUGAGGACAAAGUUCUUCACUCUGACGACAAGCUUCUUCACUCUGAGGACAUGGUUCUUCAAUCUGAGGACAAGGUUUCUCACACCGUGGCAAAUGUUCCUCACUCUGAGGGCAAGGUUCUUCACUCUGAGGACAAGGUUCUUCCCUCUGAGGACAAGGUUCUUCACUCCGCGGACAAGGUUCCUCGCUCUGCGGACAACGUUCCUCACUCUGAGGACAAGGUCCUUCAAUCUGAGGACUAGGUUCCUCACUUUGAAGACAAGGUUAUUUAAACUCUGAGGACAAAGUUCUUCAUUCUGAGGACAAGUUUCUUCACUCUGCGAACAAGGUUCCUCACUCUGAGGACAAGGUUCUUCACUAUGAGGACAAGGUUCUUCACACUGAGGCCAAGGUUCUUCACGCUGAGUACAAGGUUUUUCACCCUGGGGACAAUGUUCCUCACUCUGAGGACAAGGCUCUUCAAUCUGAGGACAAGGCUAUUCACCCAGAGGACAAGGUUCUUCACUCCGAGGACAAGGUUCUUCACUCUGAGGACAAUGUUCUUCACUCUGAGGACAAGGUUCUUCAAUCUGAGAACAAGGUUCCUCACACUGUGGACAAGGUUCCUCACUUUGAGGACAAGGUUGUUCACCAUGAGGACAAGGCUCUUCACUCUGAGGACAAGGUUCUUCACGCUGAGGACGAGGUUUUUCAACCUGAGAACAAGGUUCUUAGCACUGAGGACAAGGUUAUUCACUCUGAGGACAAGGUUCCUCACACUGAGGACAAGGUUCUUCACUUUGAGGACAAGGUUCCUCACACUGAGGACAAGGUUCUUCAAUCUGAGGACAAAGUUCCUCAGACUGUGGACAUGGUUCGUCACUUUGAGGACAAGGUUCUUCACUAUGAAGACAAGGUUCUUCACUAUGAGGACAAGGUUCUUAACACUGAGGACAAGGUUAUUCACUCUGAGAACAAGGUUCUUCACUCCAAGGACAAGUUUCUUCAGUCUGAGGACAAGGAUCCUCACACUGAGGACAAGGUUCUUCAAUCUGAGAACAAGGUUCCUCAGACUGUGGACAUGGUUCCUCACUUUGAGGACAAGGUUCUUCACUAUGAAGACAAGGUUCUUCACUCUGAGGACCAGGUUCUUAACACUGAGGACAAGGUUAUUCACUCUGAGAACAAGGUUCUUCACUCCGAGGACAAGUUUCUUCAGUCUGAGGACAAGGAUCCUCACACUGAGAACAAGGUUCUUCAAUCUGAGGACAAGGUUCCUCAGACUGUGGACAUGGUUCCUCACUUUGAGGACAAGGUUCUUCACUAUGAAGACAAGGUUCUUCACUCUGAGGACAAGGUUCUUAACACUGAGGACAAGGUUAUUCACUCUGAGAACAAGGUUCUUCACUCCAAGGACAAGUUUCUUCAGUCUGAGGACAAGGAUCCUCACACUGAGGACAAGGUUCUUCAAUCUGAGGACAAGGUUCCUCAGACUGUGGACAUGCUUCCUCACUUUGAGGACAAGGUUCUUCACUAUGAAGAUAAGGUUCUUCAUUCUGAGGACGAGGUUCUUAACACUGAGGACAAGGUUAUUCACUCUGAGAACAAGGUUCUUCACUCCGAGGACAAGUUUCUUCAGUCUGAGGACAAGGAUCCUCACACUGAGGACAAGGUUCUUCAAUCUGACGACAAGGUUCCUCACACUGUGGACAAGGUUCCUCACUUUGAGGAAAAGGUUCUUCACGCUGAGGACGAGAUUUUUCACCCGGACGACAAGGUUUUUCACCCGGAGGACAAGAUUCCUCACACUGAGGAUAAGGUUACUCCCUUUGAGGACAAGCUUCUUCACGCUGAGGGCAAGGUUCUUCACUCUGAGGACAAGGUUCUUCACGCUGAGGACAAGGUUCUUCACCCUGAAAACAAUGUUCUUAACACUGAGGAAAAGGUUAUUCACUCUGAGGACAAGGUUCUUCACUCCGAGGACAAGGUUCUUCACUCUGAGGACAAGGUUCCUCACGCUGAGGACAAGGUUCCUCAAUCUGAGGACAAGGUUCCUCACACUGUGGACAAGGUUACUCACUUUGAGGACAAGGUUCUUGACUAUGAGGACAGGGUUCUUCACCCUGAGAACAAGGUUCUAAACGCUGAGAACGUGGUUUUGCACCCUGAGGACAAUGUUCCUCACACUGAGGACAAUGUUCUUCACUCUGAGGACAAGGUUCUUCAAUCUGAGGACAAGGUUCUUUACUCUGCGGACAAGGUUCCUCACUCUGAGGACAAGGUUCUUCAGCAUGAGGACAAGGUUCUUCACUCUGAGGACAAGGUUCUUCACUCUGAGGACAAUGUUCCUCACACUGACGACAAGGUUCUUCACUCUGAGGACGAGGUUCUUCACUAUGAGGACAAGGUUGUUCACUCUGGGCACAAGGUUCUUCACGCUGAGAACGAGGUUUUUCACCCUGAGGACAAUGUUCCUCACACUGAGGACAAGGUUCUUCACUCUGAGGACAAGGUUCUUCUCUGCGAGGACCAUGUUCUUCACACUGAGGACAAGAUUCCUCACACUGAGGACAAGGUUCUUCAAUCUGAGGACAAGGCUCCUCACACGGUGGACAAGGUUCCUCACUUUGAGGACAAGGUUCUUCAGUAUGAGGACAAGGUUCUUCACUCUGGGGAUAAGGUUCUUCACCAUGAGGACGGGGCUUUUUACCCUGAGGACAAUGUUCCUCACACGGAGGACCAGGUUCUUCACUCUGAGGACAAGGUUCUUCACUCGGAUAACAAGGUUCUUCACUCUGAGGACAAGGUUCCUCACACUGAGGACAAGGUUCUUCAAUCUGAGGACAAGGUUCCUCACACUGCGGGCAAGGUUCCUCACUUUGAGGACAAAGUUCUUCAGUAUGAGGACAAGGUUCUUCACUCUGAGGACAUGGCUGUUCACGCAGAGGACGAGGUUUUUCACCCUGAGGACAAUGUUCCUCACACUGAGGACAAGGUUCUUCACUCUGAAGACAAGGUUCUUCACUAUGAGGACAAGGUUAUUCACUCUGAGGACAAGGUUCUUCACGCUGAGGACAGGGUUCUUCUCCCUGAGGACGAGGUUCUUAACACUGAGGACAAGGUUAUUCACCCUGAGGAAAGUUUCUUCACUCCGAGGACAAGGUUCUUCACUUUCAGUACAAGGUUCUUCACUAUGAAGACAAGGUUCUUCACUCUGAGGACAAGGUUCUUCACGCUGUGGACAAGGUUCUUCGCCCUGAGGACAAGGUUCUUCACUCUGCGGACAAGGUUCCUCACUCUGACGACAAGGUUCUUCACUAUGAGGACAAGGUUCUUCAAUCUGAGGACAAGGUUCUUCACGCUGGAUACUCAGGCAUGUUAAUGCCUGGGUCUGCCCACGCUUGGAUGAUAUCUUGCGCGCGUUUUGCACGCGCGAUCUGUCAGUAAUGCGUCUGUUAGAAUAUUCGCCCUUUGUGUGAGUAUUUUAGUGAAUUUGGGCGUUUGCUUCAAAUCAAAAUAUAGUAUAUAUGAGCGACAGGAUUAUUUUGGAAUAUACAAUGCGAAGAAGUCGGUAUACUAUUCAGUUUUCAUGUAAUAAUUGGCUAUUUGUAUAGCAAUAAGUAUUGUAUCAUUUGCGACAGCUGACUUUUGAACUGCUGAUAAAUAAAAGCUUCUUAUAGUGCGCUAUCUUGCGAUUAUUCAGUAUUAAUUGUUGACUGUUUCUUAUUUUCAAUGAAAAAUAGCUUGUGAAUUCCUAUUUAAUAGCACAUAUAUUUCACUCGGUCUUUUCCACUAUGGCACGCUUCCCUUCAAGCAUUAACUAUGCUUCAAGAUAUCGGCUUGAAUGCGCAAUGGAUGUUGUUAUUGGAAAUAUAAUAUCCCUUGCAAUAAGCGGCAGACAGUUUCAUUAUGGCACGUGAAAUUCAUCACGCGAAAAACGCGUUCGACUUGCGGCAGGGUAAUUUGACGAAAUUUUGCAAUGUUUGUUAGCUAAAAACAUUAACAAGGGAACAAAGUUUCCUGCGUUAAUUUGGAAACCGCACAUUUAUUUGUAGAUAACAUUUAAUGACGCGAUUAACAUUCGUUUGAUGCCGAUCAUCAUAGUAUAGCCGCAUAAAAUAAUGAAACGAAGCCUAAAUGUAAACUUUCCGAAUUUAUUCAAUAAAUAGUGAUAUUAUGCGUGAAUGAUUAUCGCAAUUCUGCGUCCUGCCAGUCACGAAAUAUACUGCUGCAGAGCCUGUGAAUAAAAAGUAUCAUUUUUCGAAUUCGUGUGGUUUUUCGAAAUAUACAUCACGUGAUCGUAGCCAUGACAACGAAAACUAGGUCAACUUUUAGAAUCUCCUUUGAUAAAUCAUAUAAAACUUGAAUGGUAAUAAUCAAGGCCAUACUUAAUCUUUUAUGAUUUUUUGUUUAUUUUCGCUAAAUAUACAAAUUGAGACCCAGGCAUUAAUGUACCUGAGUACAAGGUUUUUCACCCUGAUGACAAUGUUCCUCACACUGAGGACAAGGUUCUUUACUCUGAGGACCAGCUUCUUCAUUCUGAGGAGAAGGUUCCUCACUCUGAGGACAAGGUUCUUCAACUUGAGGACAAGGUUUUCACCCUGUGGACAAUGUUCCUCACACUGGGGACAAGGUUCUUCACUCUGAGGACAAGGUUCUUCACUCCGAGGACCAGGUUCUUCACUCUGAGGAGAGGGUUCCCCAAUCUGAGGACAAGGUUCUUCAACUUGAGGACAAGGUUCGUCACACUGUGGACAACGUUCCUCACUUUGAGGACAAGGUUCUUCACUUUGAGGACAAGGUCCUUCAAUCUGAGGACAAGGUUCCUCACUUUCAGGACAAGGUUAUUUAAAAUCUGAGGACAAGGUUCUUCACCCUGAGGACAAGGUUAUUUAAAAUCUGAGGACAAGGUUCCUCACUCUGAGGACAAGGUUCUUCAAUCUGAGGACAAGGUUCCUCACACUGUGGACAAGGUUCCUCACUUUGAGGACAAGGUUCUUCACUCUGAGGACAAGGUUAUUUAAACUCUGAGGACAAGGUUCUUCACUCUGAGGACAAGGCCCUUCGCUCUGCGGACAAGGUUCCUCACCCGGAGGACAUGGUUCUUCACGAUGAGAACAAGGUUCUUCACUCUGAGGACAAGGUUCUUCACGCUGAGGACAAGGUUUUUCAACCUGUGGACAAUGUUCCUCACACUGAGGACAAGGUUCUUCACUCUGAGGACAAGGUUUUUCACUCCGAGGACCAGGUUCUUCACUCUGAGGAGAAGGUUCCUCACUCUGAGGACAAGGUUCCUCAACUUGAGGACAAGGUUCGUCACACUGUGGACAAGGUUCCUCACUUUGAGGACGAGGUUCUUCACCCUGAGGACAAGGUUCCUCACUCUGAGGACAAGGUUCCUCACUCUGAGGACAAGGUUCUUCAAUCAAAGGACAAGGUUCCUCACACUUAGAACAAGGUUCCUCACUUUGAGGACAAGGUUAUUUAAACUCUGAGGACAAGGUCCUUCACCCUGAGGACAAGGUUCUUCACUCUGAGGACAAGGUUCUUCAAUCUGAAGACAAGGUUCCUCACACUGAGGACAAGGUUCCUCACUUUGACGACACGGUUGUUCACUCUGAGGACAAGGUUCCUCACUCUGAGGAAAAGGUUCUUCAAUCUGAGAAAAACGUUCCUCACACUGUGGACAAGGAUCCUCACUUUGAGGACAUGGUUCUUCACUCUGAGGACAAGUUCUUCACUAUGAGGACAAAGGUUCCUCACUCUGAGGACAUGGUUCCUCACUCUGAGGACAAGACUAUUUACUCUGAGGACAAGGUUCUUCACCCUGAGGACAAGGUUCCUCACACUGUGGACAAGGUUCCUCAAUUUAAGGACAAGGUUAUUUAAACUCUGAGGACAAGGUCCUUCACUCUGAGGACAAGGUCCUUCACUCUGAGGACAAGGUUCUUCACGCUGAUGACAAGGCUGCUCGAACUGUGGACAAGGUUCCUCACUUUGAGGACAUGGUUCUUCACUGUGAGGACAAGGUUCUUCACGCUGAGGACAAGGUUCUUCGCCUUGAGGACAAGGUUCUUCACUCUGCGGACAAGGUUCCUCACUCUGACGAGAAGGUUCUUCACUAUGAGGACAAGGUUCUUCAAUCUGAGGACAAGGUUCUUCACGCUGGAUACUCAGGCAUGUUAAUGCCUGGGUCUGCCAACGCUUGGAUGUUAUCUUGCGCGCGUUUUGCACGCGCGAUCUGUCAGUAAUGCGUCUGUUAGAAUAUUCGCCCUUUGUGUGAGUAUUUUAGUGAAUUUGGGUGUUUGCUUCAAAUCAAAAUAUAGUAUAUAUGAGCGACAGGAUUAUUUUGGAAUGUACAAUACGAAGAAGUCGGUAUACUAUUCAGUUUUGAUGUAAUAAUUGGCUAUUUGUAUAGCAAAAAGUAUUGUAUCAUUUGCGACAGCUGACUUUUGAACUGCUGAUAAAUAACAGCUUCUUAUAGUGCGCUAUCUUGCGAUUAUUCAGUAUUAAUUGUUGACUGUUUCUUAUUUUCAAUGAAAAAUAGCUUGUGAAUUCCUAUUUAAUAGCACAUAUAUUUCACUCGGUCUUUUCCACUAUGACACGCUUCCCUUCAAGCAUUAACUAUGCUUCAAGAUAUCGGCUUGAAUGCGCAAUGGAUGUUGUUAUUGGAAAUAUAAUAUCCCUUACAAUAAGCAGCAGACAGUUUCAUUAUGGCACGUGAAAUUCAUCACGCGAAAAACGCGUUCGACUUGCGGCAGGGUAAUUUGACGAAAUUUUGCAAUGUUUGUUAGCUAAAAACAUUAACAAGGGAACAAAGUUUCCUGCGUUAAUUUGGAAACCGCACAUUUAUUUGUAGAUAACAUUUAAUGACGCGAUUAACAUUCGUUUGUUGCCGAUCAUCAUAGUAUAGCCGCAUAAAAUAAUGAAACGAAGCCUAAAUGUAAACUUUCCGAAUUUAUUCAAUAAAUAGUGAUAUUAUGUGUGAAUGAUUAUCGCAAUUCUGCGUCCUCCCAGUCACGAAAUAUACUGCUGCAGAGCCUGUGAAUCAAAAGUAUCAUUUUUCGAAUUCGUGUGGUUUUCCGAAAUAUACAUCACGUGAUCGUAGCCAUGACAACGAAAACUGGGUCAACUUUUAGAAUCUCCUUUGAUAAAUCAUAUAAAACUUGAAUGGUCAUAAUCAAGCCAUACUUAAUCUUUUAUGAUUUUUUGUUUAUUUUCGCUAAAUACACAAAUUGAGACCCAGGCAUUAAUUUACCUGAGUACAAGGUUUUUCACCCGGACGACAAUGUUCCUCACACUGAGGACAAGGUUCUUCACUCUGAGGACCAGCUUCUUGAUUCUGAGGAGAAGGUUCCUCACUCUGAGGACAAGGUUCUUCAACUUGAGGACAAGGUUAUCACCCUGUGGACAAUGUUACUCACACUGAGGACAAGGUUCUUCACUCUGAGGAAAAGGUUCUUCACUCCGAGGACCAGGUUCUUCACUCGGAGGAGAAGGUUCCCCACUCUGAAGACAAGAUUCUUCAACUUGAGGACAAGGUUCGUCACACUGUGGACAACGUUCCGCACUUUGAGGACGAGGUUCUUCACUCUGAGGACCAGCUUCUUUAUUCUGAGGAGAAGGUUCCUCACUCUGAGGACAAGGUUCUUCAACUUGAGGACAAGGUUUUCACCCUGUGGACAAUGUUACUCACACUGAGGACAAGGUUCUUCACUCUGAGGAAAAGGUUCUUCACUCCGAGGACCAGGUUCUUCACUCUGAGGAGAAGGUUCCCCACUCUGAAGACAAGAUUCUUCAACUUGAGGACAAGGUUCGUCACACUGUGGACAACGUUCCUCACUUUGAGGACGAGGUUCUUCAUUCUGAGGACAAGGUCCUUCAAUCUGAGGACAAGGUUCCUUACUUUGAGGACAAGGUUAUUUAAAAUCUGAGGACAAGGUUCUUCACUCUGAGGACAAGGUUCCUCACUCUGAGGACAAGGUUCUUCAAUCUGAGGACAAGGUUCCUCACACUGUGGACAAGGUUCCUCACUUUGAGGACAAGGUUCUUCACUCUGAGGACAAGGUUUUUUAAACUCUGAGGACAAGGUUCUUCACUCUGAGGACAAGGUUCUUCGCUCUGUGGACAAGGUUCCUCACCCGGAGGACAAGGUUCUUCACGAUGAGGAAAAGGUUCUUCACUCUGAGGACAAGGUUCUUCACGCUGAGGGCAAGGUUUUUCACCCUGUGGACAAUGUUCCUCACACUGAGGACAAGGUUCUUCACUCUGAGGACAAGGUUUUUCACUCCGAGGACCAGGUUCUUCACUCUGAGGAGAAGGUUCCUCACUCUGAGGACAAGGUUCCUCAACUUGAGGACAAGGUUCGUCACACUGUGGACAAGGUUCCUCACUUUGAGGACGAGGUUCUUCACCCAGAGGACAAGGUUCCUGACUCUGAGGACAAGGUUCCUCACUCUGAGAACAAGGUUCUUCAAUCAAACGACAAGGUUCCUCACACUUAGAACAAGGUUCCUCACUUUGAGGAGAAGGUUAUUUAAACUAUGAGGAGAAGGUCCUUCACUCUGAGGACAAGGUUCUUCAAUCUGAAGACAAGGUUCCUCACACUGUGGACAAGGUUCCUCACUUUGACGACAAGGUUGUUCACUCUGAGGACAAGGUUCCUCACUCUGAAGACAAGGUUCUUCAAUCUGAGGACAAGGUUACUCACCCUGUGGACAAGGUUCCUCACUUUGAGGACAAGGUUCUUCACUCUGAGGACAAAAUUCUUCACUCUGAAGACAAGGUUCCUCACUCUGAGGACAAGGUUCUUCAAUCUGAGAAAAACGUUCCUCACACUGUGGACAAGGUUCCUCACUUUGAGGGCAGGGUUCUUCACUCUGAGGACAAGGUUCUUCACUCUGAGGACAAAGGUUCCUCACUCUGAGGACAUGGUUCCUCACUCUGAGGACAAGACUAUUUACUCUGCGGACAAGGUUCUUCACCCUGAGGACAAGGUUCCCAACACUGUGGACAAGGUUCCUCAAUUUAAGGACAAGGUUAUUUAAACUCUGAGGACAAGGUCCUUCAGUCUGAGGACAAGGUCCUUCACUCUGAGGACAAGGUUCUUCACGCUGAUGACAAGGCUCCUCGAACUGUGGACAAGGUUCCUCACUUUGAGGACAAGGUUCUUCACUGUGAGGGCAAGGUUCUUCACGCUGAGGACAAGGUUCUUCGCCCUGAGGACAAGGUUCUUCACUCUGCGGACAAGGUUCCUCACUCUGAGGACAAUGUUCUUCACGCAGAGGACGAGGUUUUUCACCCAAAGGACAAUGUUCCUCACACUGAGGACAAGGUUCUUCACUCUGAGGACAAGGUUCUUCACGCUGAGGACAAGGUUCUUCACCCUGAGGACAAGGUUCGUAAGACUGAGGACAAAGUUAUUCACUCUUGGGACAAGGUUCUUCCCUCCGAAGACAAGGUUCUUCACUCUGAGGACAAGGUUCCUCACACUGAAGACAAGGUUCUCCAAUCUGAGGACAAGGUUCCUCACACUGUGGACAAGGUUCCUCACUUUGAGGACAAAGUUCUUCACUAUGAGGACAAGGUUCUUCACUCUGAGGACAAGGUUCUUCACGCUGAGGACGAUGUUUUUCACCCUGAGUACAAUGUUCCUAAAACUGAGGACAAGGUUCUUCACUCUGAGGACAAGGUUCCUCACACUGUGGAGAAGGUUCCUCACUUAGAGGACAAGGUACUUCACUAUGAGGGCAAGGUUCUUCACUCUGAGGACAAGGUUCUUCACGUUGAGGACGAGGUUUUUCACCCUGAGGACAAUGUUCUUCACACUGAAGACCAGGUUCUUCACUCUGAGGAAAAGGUUCUUCACUCCGAGGACAAGGUUCCUCACACUGAGGACAAGGUUCUUCAAUCUGAGGACAAUGUUCCUCACGCUGUGGACAAGGUUCCUGAUUUUGAGGACAAAGUUCUUCACUAUGAGGACAAGGUUCUUCACUCUGAGGACAAGGUUCUUCACGCAGAGGACGAGGUUUUUCACCCUGAGGACAAUGUUCCUCACACUGAGGGCAAGGUUCUUCACUCUGAGGAGAAGGUACUUCACUAUGAGGACAAGGUUUUUUAUUCUGAGGACAAGGUUCUUCACGCUGAGGACAAGGUUCUUCACCCUGAGGACAAGGUUCUUAAGACUGAGGACAAGGUUAUUCACUCUUGGGACAAGGUUCUUCCCUCCGAAGACAAGGUUCGUCACUCUGAGGACAAGGUUCCUCACACUGAAGACAAGGUUCUCCAAUCUGAGGACAAGGUUCCUCACACUGUGGACAAGGUUCCUCACUUUGAGCACAAGGUUCUUCACUAUGAGGACAAGGUUCUUCACUCUGAGGACAAGGUUCUUCACGCUGAGGACGAGGUUUUUCACCCUGAGGACAAUGUUCCUAAAACUGAGGACAAGGUUCUUUACUCUGAGGACAAGGUUCCUCACACUGUGGAGAAGGUUCCUCACUUUGAGGACAAGGUACUUCACUAUGAGGGCAAGGUUCUUCACUCUGAGGACAAGAUUCUUCACGCUGAGGACAAGGUUCUUCGCCCUUCGGACAAGGUUCUUAACACUGAGGACAAGGUUAUUCACUCUGAGGACAAGGUUGUUCACUCCGAGGACAAGGUUCUUCACUCUGAGGACAAGGUUCCUCACACUCAGGACAAGGUUCUUCAAUCUGAGGACAAGGUUCCUCACACUGUGGGCAAGGUUACUCACUUUGAGGACAAGGUUCUUCUCUAUGAGGACAGGGAUCUUCACUCUGAGAACAAGGUUCUUCACGCUGAGGACGAGGUUUUUCACCAUGAGGACAAUGUUCCUCACACUGAGGACAAGGUUCUUCACUCUGCGGAGAAGGUUCUUCACUAUGAGGACAAGGUUCUUCACUCUGAAGACAAGGUCCUUCACGCUGAGGACAAGGUUUUUCACCCUGAGGAGAAUGUUCCUCACACUGACCACAGGUUUUUCACUCUGAGGACAAGGUUCUUCACUCUGCGGACAAGGUUCUUCACGCUAAGAACGAGGUUUUUCACCCUGAGGACAAUGUUCCUCACACUGAGGACAAGUUUCUUCACUCUCAGGACAAGGUUCUUCACUCCGAGGACCAGGUUUUCACUCUGA